AAAAAGUUCUGCUGUCAGCUGUCAGAUAGAUUAUUAUGAAAAUGGCGGGCCUGGAGUCAAUGGUUGUUGAAGAAGUUAAAACAGCAGAAAAACCCGUAGACAGGGAAAAGACUUGCCCACUGCUACUACGUGUGUUCUGUUCCACUGGCCGCCAUAAUUCGCCUGGCGAUUACGCCCGCGGCAAUGUUCCACAAAACGAAUUGCAGAUUUACACAUGGAUGGACGCGACACUCCGAGAACUAACCGGACUGGUCAAAGAAGUUAAUCCAGAGACGAGGCGUAAAGGAACCUACUUUGACUUUGCUAUAGUCUACCCUGAUCUGAGGUCACCAACGUACCGUAUGAGAGAAAUUGGUGUUACCUGCUCUGGGCAAAGAGGUGGUGAUGAUAACAAAACACUAUCUCAAGUAAAGUUUCAAAUUGGCAACUAUUUGGAUAUAUCUAUAACACCACCUAACAGAAUGCCACCUCCAAUGAGACGGCCACAGCCUUAUAUGAACAAUCGACCCUAUUAAUCUAUGUAGGUAUUAUGUUAUAAGCUGUUCAAUUCUUACUAUUUAAAUUGUCUCAAUGUUUGAAUUUUCUUAAAACUAACAGUUCUUU